AAUAAGAGGAAAACCUAUUCCCUUCGUUAAGCGGAUACAGAAUCGCGCCCAAAAACAUCGAACAAGAUUAACAUCGAACAGAGUCACGACUAUGCAAGCCUACUUCGACCAGAUCUUGGUCAUCCUUUUUCCCUUCAUUGAACGGAUGCAGAAUAGCGCCAAAUCCUACAUCGAACAGGAUUAACAAAGUUGCGACUCUGCUAGCCUACAUCGAUCAGGUCUCCAUCAGCUUUUUCCAGAGAUAAAUCCUCUUCUUCCCCAGGUUCAAGAUUGUUGCAGAAAUUUAUCAUCUCCUUCAAUUUCUUGUCUUUUUCGCAAAAAAAAAAAUCUGCUUACCAGUAAGUGUAGAACAAAAAAGAAUAUCUUGAACAUGAUGGACAAUCCUAGAAAUAAAAGAUGGAUGCAUUGUGAUAGAGUUAGUAAAGAAUAUUUGGAUGGAGUAGAGGAGUUUAUACACCAUGCCUUUUCUGAAAAACAAGAUGGAGAACAAAUUGCAUGUCCUUGUACGGAGUGUGUGCUUAUCCAUCAAGUAAACCGGACUAUAGCAUAUGAUGAUCUUGUGAUUAAUGGUAUUAUUCCAUAAUAUGAUACUUGGUUUUGUCAUGGUGAGUCUCUAAAGGGAUCAAAUAAUUCUCAAGCAAAUAAUCACAUCCAAUCAACUUUAAGGGGCGAUGAUAUGACAGGAAUGAUACAUGAUGCCUUUGGAGGCUUUACACAGUUCAUGGAUACUGACGUUAGUGAAGGGGUGACAUAGAGCAUAACUUACAAGAGAAUAUUGCUCAUCCAUCUGGAAAUCAACCGCAUCCAGAGGUGGAUAAGUUUGAACGUCUCAUGAAGGAGGCAAAUGAAGAACUAUAUCCACGAUGUAAGAAAUUUAGCAAAAUGUCCUUUUUGAUGCAUUUGUACCGUACAAAAUGCAUGUUCAAAUGGUCAAAUGAAUCGUUUAAUGCUUUGCAUAGACUAUUGAAGGAUGCGCUGCCUGAAGGAGAAAAUUGCUUCCGUCUUUCUAUGAGACCAAAAAGAUAGUUGAAGGCUUGGUCUUAAAGUAUGAAAAAAUUCAUGCUUGUCUCAAUGAUUGCAUGCUUUUUAGGAAAGAGUUUGCUAAUAAGAAUGUCAAUAAAUGCAAUGUUUGUGGAGCUUCUAGAUGGAAAAUGAUGCUAGAAAAAUCCCAGCCAAGGUCCUAAGGUAUUUUCCUUUAAAACCAAGGCUACAAAGACUGUUUAUGUCUUCGGAAACUUCUAAAGCAAUGUGUUGGCAUCAUGAAGAGCGCAACAAAGAUGAAGUUCUACGACAUCCUGCAGAUUCUAAAGCUUGGAAAAAAAUUGAUAGUAAAUAUCCCGAAUUUGCUGGGACCCUCGCAAUGUGCGCCUAGGAUUAGCUUCUGAUGGGUUUAAUCCAUUUGGCACAAUACGAACUGUUCAUAGUACAUGGCCAGUGAUUUUAAUGCCAUAUAAUCUUCCUCCAUGGAUGUGCAUGAAAAAAGAGUUCUUCAUUCUGUCCUUACUUAUUCCUGGACCCAAAGCGCCUGACAAUAAUAUUGAUGUAUUUUUGCAACCUCUAAUAGAAGAGUUAAAUAAAUUGUGGGGUGUUGGGGUAGAAACAUACGAUGCUUCUACUAAUGAGAUAUUUCAAAUGCGAGCAGCUAUCAUGUGGAUUAUAAAUGACUUUCCUGCAUAUGGUACUCUCUCUAGAUGGUGCACUUAUGGUUGGUUUGCAUGCCCUUCUUGUAACAUAAACACUCAAUCUAGAAGGCUGAAACAUGGCAGAAAGUUUUGUUACAUGGGGCAUCGAUGCUUCUUGAAAUCGGGACACAAAUAUCGGAAUGAUGCGAAAUCAUUUGAUAGGACUAAAGAAACAAGACCUGCACCUUGUCCAGUAUCUGGGUUAGUACUGCUGAAUCAAGUUAAAGAUAUAAAAUUUACUCUCGGCCAGUCAAGUGAAGGGGUAUGUGAGGUGAUGAAAACACAUGGAAAAAGAAAAGUAUUUUUUUCGAUCUUCCUUAUGGAAAUUUAACUUGGUGCGCCAUAAUCUUGAUGUGAUGCACAUAGAAAAGAAUGUGUGUGAUAAUUUAAUUUAUACACUAUUGAAUCUUGGUAAAAAGUCUAAAGACAACUUAGAAGCUCGAUUGGACCUGAAGGAGAUGAAAUUAAGACCAAGCUUAUGGCCUCAAUAUCGAGCUAGUGGGAAAGCAUAUCUUCCUCCUACUUUUUUCACAAUAUCUCAGUAGGAAAAGGAGUUAUUUUAUGAAGUACUACAAAAUACCAAAUUUCCAGAUGGCUAUGCGUCUAAUAUUUCACAUUGCGUUCGCAAACGAAAGUUGUCUGAGCUAAAAACCCAUGAUUGUCAUGUUAUAAUGCAAGAACUUCUUCCUCUUGCCUUGAGGAGAUUAGUAGAUAAAAGAGUAGGUUCAGUUUUAAUUGAACUAUGCACAUUCUUUCAUGUUUUGUGUAGCAAAGAGCUAAAACUAGAAGAGUUAAACCUACUUGAAGAAACAAUCCCAGAAACUAUGUCUACUAUGGAGAAACUCUUCCUCCCAGGAUUCUUUACUGUUAUGAUACACUUGGUUAUUCACUUGGCAACUGAGGCUAAACAUGCGAUACUAGUCAUUAUCGCUAGAUGUAUCCAAUUGAGAGGUAUUUGGGUACUUUAAAAUCAUAUGUUCGUAAUCGUGCAUGUCCAGAAGGUUCAAUAGCAGAAGCAUACAUAGCAAAUGAGUGUAUGGCAUUCUACUCACGAUUUUUAGAGGGUAGAGAUUCAAGGUCUUAUUGUUCAAGAAAAUGGAGUGAUGAAAUUGAGCAUGAGACUAAUAAAGAAGAAUCUCUUUUUCCUACUGUUGGGGAGUCGUACGGUGGAGUAGAUGUAUUUGAGUUAGAUGACAAAACAUGGUUGCAAGCACAUCAGCAUGUGCUUUUCAAUUGUGAAUCAGAAGUGGUUGAGAAUUAUAAAAAGGAACAUAUUGCUGAAAUCAAAAGAGCAUAUCGUAAGCGUCGUUUGACACAACAUCAACUUGAUCAUGUGCAUUUCGAUACAUUUCAUGAGUGGUUCAAGGAGCAAGUAAAGGAGUUGGAAGCCACAUCUAACAUCUUAAAGGAUGUUAAAGUCCUAGAACAAGGACCGAGUUACAUUGCAAAAAAAUUUAGUGCAUUCGAUGUUAAUUCCAAAUAAAACAAAGUGAAGAGUUCAAUGUGAUAUAAAAUAGUGGUGUUAUGGUCGUUUCAAAGAUUGAAAGUUAUGCAAGUACAAGUGAUAAUGCUCCAAAAUCUGCAAAUAUCACAUAUUAUGGCAGAUUGAAUGAUAUUGUGGAGUUAAACUACUAUGAGAAAUUUAAGGUCAUCUUAUUUAAGUGUGAUUGGGUUUAUGUAAAGUAACCAAAGGUAGAGGAAUUAAGGAAGAUGACUUAGGUUUCACACUUGUGAAUUUCACACACCUGACAGACUCUGGCGAUCGAGAAUGUCAUGAGCCCUUUAUUUUUGCAGAACAAGCUCAACAAGUAAUAGUUAUGCAAGAUCCUCAAGAUCAUAAAUGGUUUGUCCCUAGGUUAAUUAAACCUCGAGACAUUUUUAAAAACCUCGAGACAUUUUUAAUAUGGGAGAGGAAUAUAGUGUGCAGUUUGAGUCAUCAACGCAAAGUGAUGCCACUGACUUGGCUCUUUUAGAAAAUGCUUGUGUUUUAGAAGAUGAGUAUAAUGAUUGGGUAAGAAGUGGUGGCGAUGGAAUAAUAAUUGAUACAAACGUAGAUUCUCAACCUUCUCCAAAUGAUGGUGAAGCUAAUGUUGAGGGAGAAAAUAAUAUAGAAAAUGAAUGUGAUUCUGAAUAAGAUAGGUGGAACUUAUAGAAUAUUUUUGUUGCAAGUAUUAUGUAAUAAACUCUAAGGGUGUUAUUUUUUUUUCUUCAGAAAUUUGAAUAUUGGAUGUUUGAGUGAA